GAUCAUUGCGUCAUCGGAGCGCGACAGCAGCAGUAUGCUGACAUGGCGGUGUCCGCGGUGCUGAGACGCUCUGCGUGGAUUUGUGUGGGUUUUCUUCUGUGUACUCUUGUAAGUUCGGUCUCUGCGCUCAUUGAAGGACUGUACUGCGGGACCCAGAGCUGCUAUGAAGUGCUCGGCGUCUCUCGUGACGCCGCUAAGGCGGAUAUCGGACGCGCUUACCGACAGCUGGCCAGGAGAUAUCACCCGGACAAAUAUCAGCCCGGCGAGAACGAAGACACGCGAGAGUCUGCGCAGCAGAAGUUUCUCCUCAUCGCCACAGCAUACGAGACACUCAAGGAUGAGGAGUCGCGUAGGGACUACGAUUACAUGCUGGACCACCCAGAGGAAUAUUACAGUCACUACUACACAUACUACAGGAGAAGACUUGCUCCCAAAGUUGAUGUUAGGAUAGUAAUACUCGUAACUGUUUGUGCAAUUUCACUAUUUCAGUAUUACAGCUGGUGGAGUAGUUACACAGAAGCUAUCAACUACCUGAUGACCGUUCCCAAGUAUCGCAUCCAGGCCACCGAACUGGCCAAACAGCAGGGUCUGCUGAACAGAACCAAAGAGAAGGGAAGGAACCGGCGAUCCAAAGAGGAGAUCCGUGAGGAAGAGGAGCAGAUCAUCAGAGACAUUAUCAAAAACAAAAUAGACAUCAAAGGGGGCUAUCAGAAGCCCAAAAUAUCUGACAUCCUCUUGUGUAAAAUCAUCCUGUUCCCCUACUAUCUGUGCAUCUACGUGGCAUGGUACUGUUCCUGGUUUUAUCGUUUCACCCUCCGCGGGGAAGAGUACGGCGACGAGGAGAAACUUUACCUGAUCCGCAGAUACAUGAAGAUGGCCCAAGCUCAGUUCGACAGUCUGGACAGUAACCUGAUAGAGACUUUUUUGGAGAAGGAGCUCUGGAUCAAAGACAAGUAUGAGGCCUACAAAGAGGAGCAGGAGGAAGAGAUGAAGAUGAAGAUGGCCACGGACUCGAGGUGGAAACGUUACAGACGUUGGAUGAAGAGCGAAGGCCCCGGUCGACUCACUUUUGCUGAAGAUUGACCUCAUUCGCUGUGGCAGGUGUCGCCACAGAUUCACGUCCAGGAAACUGAGCUCAUCUGUGCCUGAACACAAACACACUUGUUUACAAUGACUAAACAUGUGCAUGAGAUUUAAAUGUGCACAUGCCUUUUUACAUGAAGUCACCAUGGCUUUGAGAAUCAAUGGGAACUGGUCAUGUAUUAAUAUUAAAAAUAAAACACCUCUCUUAAAACGUGCUGGCUCGUAUAACCGGAGGAGUUUGACUUCAGGUAACCCAGAUGUUUUUACUGUAAAUGUCUUGGCAUCAUCAGGUCCAAAGGACGUCUCUAAAUGUGCAAAUUAAAAUCAUAUGUAUUUGCUCAGUUAUAAGUUUCUGUGGUGCUUCAGUAAAUGGUAUAUUGAAAGUAUUUUAAUGAUGUCAUUUUUAAACAAUGUAAAGAGAGGAUGCAAUAAUAAACCAGCAGUUCAUCACUGGAUUUAUGUUGUGUUCAGUAAAAACACAAAUGGAUAAAGUUUAUCAUAUAAAACCUGCCUUCUGUGAAUGCAUAUCGUUUCACAGCAAUGGAUUUUCAGUUUGAAUGUUUAUUUCUUCUACUCCCCCGUAAUGAUUUCUGAAACUAUUAUCAAAAAUAAAGUUGGUGAUAAGAUUGUGAUAAAUUGCAAUUGUGAGGGUCAUUUUUAAUAUUAGUUUAUGAAUGAAAGAAACUAAAAUGUAUUGAAAGUUAAAGUGUCAGGUGAUGAUUAAACUUUUCCCACAA